CUGACAGGAGGCCGCCACGUCACCGCGGACGACGGGAAAUGGCCUGUGGGAGAGCCGCUCGCUAUUCAGGCAAGCGCGCCUGUCGGAAGUGCGGUGAUGGCGGAGCUCUAUGUCAAGCCCGGGAACCAGCAGCGCGGCUGGAAUGACCCCCCGCAAUUCUCCUACGGGCUGCAGCAGCGUCCGGCUCUUUCCCAGCGGGGUCCCUUCCGGAGAAGAGUGGCGGCGGCAAGUGAAGGAAAGGAGCCCGAAACGGUGCCGCACGCCCCCAUAGUCUCUAGGCCAGUUGGAUUGCUUGUCCCACAGUCUGUGAAUCUGCCUCCUCCUGGACCACCAACCUCUUUUCAGAGAGCAGAUGUUACAACACCAUCUGUUGUAGAGACUGACAAGGAAUAUGAGAUAGAUGAUGUGCUUUCUUCCUUGCAUGAGACUCUGAACAACUGUAGGAAAUUUGUGCAGAAACAGGUUUGUGAUGAUAUCCAUAAACGCUUGGUAAUUCUGCAGGAAAUGUGGACACAAGGCAAAUUAUCUUCCCCUGUAAGAAAAAGGAUGGGAAUUCUAACAGAAGAACUCAAGAGUCAGCAUUGGGAUGAAGCUGAUGAGAUUCAUCGCUCCCUAAUGGUGGACCAUGUUGCUGAAGUAAGCCAGUGGAUGGUUGGAGUCAAAAGGCUUAUUGCUGAAACAAAGAACUUGCCUGGAGGAGAUCCAUUGCAGUAGAGCAUGAGCAAUGCUGAAUGUUUAUAAGAUUUGCUCAGGAACUGGCCAAUAUGAAAGUGGACCCUGUCUGAAAGGCAACCUGGGCCAGGGAGAUUUGACUUCCUAAUUUUAUUUCCUUAACAGUUGUAUAAUCAAAGUUGCAUUUUCCAAGUUGAUCACAUCAUGAUCAAUGAACACUUUUUUGAUUGAAUU